GCCGUCAGCAAGGUCACCUCUACCCGGCUGUCUUGCUUGGUGACCCGGGCAUAGACUGCCGCCGCGUAGGCUCUCUCCGAUGCAUCGGAGAAACCGUGGAGCUCUACGUCGUCCUCCAAGUCACGCUGCAGCCAGCGCGGUAUUCGUAGAGACGACAGUUCAGGCAGGGACGCAGUCAAGGCGCUCCAAGCCUCUACCAGCUCAGAGGGCAGCGGGUUGUCCCAGCCGUGGCCGGCCAGCCACAAAUCCUGCAUAAAGAUCCUGGCAAAUAUUAGGACCGGCGCGACCUAAUCUAGCGGGUCGAACAACCGAGCCGCGUCGGACAGGACCGUCCGCUUCGUGAUGGCUUCGUGUUGCUGGAACACCGCUACUCUGACCGACAGAGCAUCCUCGUCAGGGUGCGACACCAUCCCGAGGGCGCUUACUGCAUCGAAAGUCGGCAGCAACGCUUCCCCCGACGACGCUUGCGGGAGAAGUUUCCGCGCGUUAAAGGCCCACUUGUCGAGCGCAAAACCUCCAGCCUGCAACAGCGCCAUCAGCUGGUGCUGUACCGCCUGCGUCUCAGUCAGAUUGUUUCCACCUGCCAAGAUGUCGUCGACAUAGGAAUGUCGUAACAGGGCCGCCGCUCCCAGCGGAAAGCGUACAGCCUCGUCCCUGGCCAAUUGCUGCAGCGUGCGUAUGGCCAGAAAGGGUGCCGAGGUCGUGCCGUCAGUCACCGUCCUGAGCUGGAACUCUCGAGCACUCUCCGUCGAGCUGGCACGCCAGAGUAUCCUCUGCAAGUCCAUGUCCGCCGGGUUUAGUCGGAUCUGCCGGAACAUCUUGAUGAUGGCGGCCAUGAAUCCGACCUUGAACCCUCUCCAUCUAGUCAGGAUGACCCACAAGUCGGACUGUAAUCGAGGACCUGGUAACAAACAGUCAUUCAGCAAAUAACCAGAUGUCGUUUUAAAAGAUGCAUUAAAAACCACGCGUAUUUUCCCUGUGGGAUCUCCAGCCUUGAAGACUGCGUGGUGAGGCAGAUAGUAGCACACCGACGGGUCAGGAACAUUAUCCGGUACCGGACCCAUGUGAUCCAGCGCGAGAUACUCCACCAUGAAGUCGGUAUAUCGCUUCUGCAUCUCGGGCUUCUUCGCCAAACGCCGCUCCGAGCCGAGCAACAUAGACAGCGCGGCCGAGCGUGACUCGCCCAGCCGAGCCGGUCCGGACGACAGGGCAGCCGCACAACGUAUCGGCCCGACGCGUCCCGAUAGUGCGUCCGUCGGAAGUGCUCCUCCGCUUGGUCCUCGUCCGGAAUCGGAACGCGCCGAUCGUCAACCUCCUUGAGCUCUCACAGACGCUUAAGAGCUGUCGUGAGUUCGUCAACGGGCUGUGCCAGCAGCACAGACACAGUGUGCGUAGCGAUCGCAGCCUUCUCCCCGGAGUCCACCGCGCCCGUCAGGAUCCAACCGAAAACGGAGAGGUGUGCCGAAGGAGACCGUGGUCCACCGUGACGAAUGUCAGGUCGCAUCACCCGUCUAUAGAUGUCGGCGCUAAAGACGACGUCUACCGCAGCCGGCGACGCAAAGUCCGGGUCGGCCAACGAAAGGUUCAUCAGGUGCGGCCAUGCACGCGCCGCAACGCGUUCAGGGAGGAGUAGACUCGUCAGUCGCCGAAGCACGAAUGCUUCCGUCUCGAGACGGAACGUUGAAUCCGUUCGGGACUUGAUACUAAGAUUGACCGCGGUAGCGGCUUCUCCAGUUCGCGUGCCCUACAGACCGGACACCGCCACCCGGACUCGGCGACGCGGCGCGCGCAACAGUUGGGCAGCACUCUCUGUUAUAAAGGAAGCCUCUGACCCAGUAUCAAGCAGGGCUCGCACCGUCAGCUGCCUGCCGGACGGUCCUUCAAGCAGAACCUGAGCCGUGGUCAGCAAGAUGGUUCUUCCACUAGUAGCGACCGCCGAGCUCACCCUUGCACUCAAGGAGUUAGUUUCAGCGGCCGUAUCUUCCGUUCCUCUCGGCUCGUCCCUGAAGGUGCCUCCGGAUUGCCUAAAAUUAAGUCCGUGCAAAGUAGUGUGAUGGUUUGUGCCACAUACCAAGCAACGUCCGCCGGACAAGAGUCCGCCUGAUGUCCUGGCUUGACGCAGUUCAAACACGCGCCAAGCCUUUUCACCUGGUCCGCACGUUCAGCGACUGGCAACGCCUUGUAUUUUGGACAGAAUGUUAAAGCGUGCGCACCCUGGCAAAGAGAGCACGUCUUCGACUUCGUUUUCGGAGUCACGGCCGUGCUGCAUGCGACGCGCGUGGCCUUAGGCGUGGGUUUCGCAUUCACGCCUGGUCCUCCCCGCGGGAGGGGGGCAUCCGCCCUAGCCGCCUCCAAAGCGCGUACUCGGUUUUCUAGGUAGACCUGUAACUGCUGGAACAUCGGGAAAUCGCGCGAAUCCAAGAGCGACGUCUCCCAGUGCAUCCGCAUCGUGGCGUCCAACUUGCUAACGAGCAGGUGGACGAACCAAUCGUCCCACGUCUCCACUGGCCGCCCCAAUGAGGCAAACGCGCGCCUCUCCUAGUUGAGCACGCCCAACAGCCGCUUGAUCUCACCAGCCAAAGAUUUGCCGGCGGCCGGGCAAGAGAUCAAAUGACGCAUGUGGGCGCAGAGUAGGACGCGCGGAUUGUCAUAGCGGGCCAUCAAAUCCUGCCACGCCCCAUCGUAGGCACCGUCCGUCAAUGGAAUGCCCGCGACAACCUCCGCUGCUUCACCGGUCAAGCACCCCAUCAAAUACUGCAGCUUCUGCACCUUAGGAACCCCCGUGACGUCAUAGACUAGCGAACGAAAUAAGUUUCAAAAUCCUCCCACUCGAGUUGAUCGCCGGAGAAUUUCGGUAAUUCCAGCUUCGGAAGUUGCAUUUGUCUAAGCACCGGUGCAACGGCCGUGGAGCUCGGCCCCGGGCGCUCCUCCAGCGCAGCUCCCGCUCUACUUAAAUGAACGAAAAAAUCAUUAAGUUUGCUACGCAUACCAAAAUACUCCUCUUCAGUGGUGGUGAAGUAGUCGUUCUUUAUGUAGUCCGUUUUGUCAGCCUCGGGAUCGGCCGCGAUUUCGAAGUGCAUGUCCUGAUAACGCCUCCAAUAGUCAUCGAGGCGCGUCACCCGGCUAGAGACUUCGUACGCCGUAAUUUUGGCUUGUCCUAAUUUUUGUAGGUUUACCCACAUGCGGGAAAUGUAUCCCGCCAGGACUACUUGUUGUUUGAUCGUUCGAUCCAACAUAGUGAUGAGCACGGCGAGCUCAGCUUAAGAUCAAACACCGUGCGCGUGUUGCCAGCCAAAGUUACUCGUUGCGCGGCCACACGGUGAGCUUACGCGAUCCCAGCGCUCGAGCGAGCGCUCCUCACGACUCGUGUAACACGGGCGCAGGGUGCUGCUGUCGCGCGAAUCACGAUUCCGGCCCGUGCAACCACGUGUUCUACGCACUGGCACUCCGACGUUUAAUGAUCGCGGAAAAGAAACGCAGCAGAAAAAAUAGGGUCCAAUUUGUAAAAAAUAAGUUAUUUAAAAAAAUUAUUUUCAUGAACCUUAUAUUUGUUCAAAUUGAAUGGAACAACUUUAGAACGAUAUUAACAAUGUAAUUUUUUAAUAUAAAUUAUUAAAAUUGCUUACAAAAAGAGAGGGGAUAAAACGCGCUGUGAUUGGUUGAGACCGCGUGUGACGUCAUUAUUCAGUAAUUUCAAACUUUUGCUGUACGGUAUUUUAUGUAUUUACGUAUUUACCGAUUGUUUUGUUGCAAUGUGGCAAAAAAAUAACACUGGAUUUGUUAAAGCGCAAUCGGAUAACUUACCCAAAGUAACAGUAUUAAUGGUUUCCGAUUUUUUUGCUGAAAGUGAUGUGUUUAAUAUCGCAGAAACUCGUGGUGUAAAAGCUAAGAAGUAAGUAUAUUUUUAAAAACUUGUAAUAACAGGAAAUAAAUAGUAAAAUUUAUAGACAGAUACAAGAUACAGUAUGAAACGAUAUAUCAAAGUAUUAUUAACGUAUAUCAAAGUAAUUAAAGUAUAUCAAAGUAAUUUGAGUAUUAUAUAUAAUAUAUUCAUGACAUAACCUUUAAUACACUCUUGUCAUUUUGUCGAUGUACACUUUGGUAGAGCUGAAGGUGAAAACUACGGCGAUCCAGCAGUUGGAUAUGUGGAAUUGAGACGGGAAAAAAGCUUAUGCCAUAUCAGAGGAAAGGUUUGUCCUGAGCACAGAGUGAACAAUAAGGCGUAUACUGUAUCGAUGCUAGUCAACGAGGAAACUGAGAGAGUCGAAUAUAUUAGGUGCGAAGAUUGCGCAGCUUCAGAAGGUGGUUGUAAGCAUGCCAUCGCUUUCCUUAUGUGGGUUCACCGUCGAAGCGAAGAGCCUGAACCGACAGCGACGGUCUGCUAUUGGAAGAAACCUCGAUUGACACAAGUUGGAGCUAAUGUAAGAAGCAUGAAAGCAAAAGAUUUGCUACCAUCGAAACAAACUCCAGUUCUUCCAAACAGUACUGGCUUCUUACAGACUGUAUUGCAAGAAAUGGAAAAAAGAAAUUUUGACUGCCAACUGUCAAGGCAUUUUGUCCAUGUAAAAUCUCAUACAGAUUUAUCGAUGCACUCAUUAAUGUUAAAAUUUUAUAAUACUUCUACAUGUAAAGAUGCCGAUAGUUUUUUGAACUUUGCAAGCUCCGAAAUAGAUAUAGAAUCAUGCAAAAAAGUUGCAAAGGAUACCAUUCAUCAAAGUGAAUCCACAUUAUGGAAGGAAUUAAGAUACGGAAGAAUAACUGCAUCUCGGAUAUACGAAGUAUCGCAUUGCAAGACACCACAAGGAUCAUUAGUUGAGCAAAUAAUUGGUGCAUUCAAAAUAAGAGAUACUGAUGCCAUGGAACGAGGCAGACGCUUGGAACAGGAAGUAGUGAAGAUAUUGGAGGAAAAUCUUCAAAUUACAUUACACCGUAGUGGAUUACUGUUAAAUCCAAAUUUUCCUGUCAUCGGUGCUUCUCCUGAUGCAGUAGCCGAAAAUUUUGUUGUUGAAAUAAAAUGUCCGUUUAGUUUAAAAUCUGAGGAGAGGUAUAUCACGAAAGACAAUCGGAUAGGCAAUAAAUAUUUUGCUCAAAUUCAGUUGCAGAUGUUUAUGCAAAACGUGAAAAUAGGUUAUUUUUGUAUGACGAAACAUGAUUUUGAAACUUCACAAAGCAUUAUAGUAAUUUGUGUCAAUUAUGACGAACAAUUCGUAAUGAAAAUGAUAAAUAAUGCCAUGACUUUUUGGAAACAAAAUGUUUUUCCGUUGCUUCUCAAUGGAGUAGCAAAGUAGAAUGUAA